GUGCAGCCGGAGAGUAAAGAAAUCUCGAAACCCCAACCUUCUUCCCCAAUUUCAUUUCGACCAUGGACUUCAAUGUCAACAGUUCUCCCUCCUCCUCCUCCACCUUCUCCUCCACCCCACACCCGAUGACCACCACCACCAGUGACCCGAUGCACUCUUGGUGGGAAUCAAUCUCCAAGGCUCGUUCUCAAAUCCUUGCCCUCUCAUCCAUCAUCAGCGAUCUGUCUUUAUCCUUCUCUUCUUCGUUCUCUCUAUCUACACUUGCCGACUCCGACCGCCCUGCGCUUUCCUUUCUCUCCUCCCCCGAUGCAUACUUGCUCCUCUCCUCCGCUCUCUCCGCCCCUCACUCCGGCUCCGGUCCCGACCCGCUCUGCCAGUGGCUCUACGAAACGUACCUCUCCAAUGACCCUCAUCUCCGCCUCAUCGUCCUCUCCUUUCUCCCUCUAAUUUCAGGUAUCUACCUCUCUCGUCUCCACUACCCUGAAUCCUCCUCUUCCUCCCUUCCCUCUCUCGCCGGCUUUGAGGCAGUCCUUCUAGCUAUAUAUUCAUCCGAGGCGAAGUCACGUGCCGGCAAGGCUAUCACUGUUCAAAUUCCCGAUCUCGCCCAGCCGUCACUCUACCAUACACCUCGCAACAGGCAAAGCGCCAACAUUGCGGACAAGUCCGGGCCUUCUGUUGGGAUCCUUUGUCCUCCGCUUGAGCAUCAGAAUGCGGUGAAGUCAACGAAGCGAGCCACCAUUGUUGGGGUUGCACUCGAUUGUUACUUCAAACAGAUCUCGCAGAUGCCAAGUUGGUCAAAGGUUGAGUUCUGUAAAUUCGCCACCGCCUGGGCAGGGCAGGAUUGCUUGUGCGAGAGAGAGUUUGACGGGGAUGACGAAACUGAAAAGGCUGGAUAUUUUUUGGAGGACGCGGGCAUGGAGAAUGGAAAUGAUGAGAUUGGGGAUGUUGUAGUGGAGAAGAUGAGCAAAUUGGGGAUUGACAAUGACAAUGCAGAGGAUUUGAAGCCAAAGGGGCUCAGGAUUCCGCUGCCUUGGGAGCUUUUGCAGCCAAUGCUGCGUAUAUUGGGGCAUUGCUUGUUGGGGCCUUUGAAUUCACAAGAUGUUAAGGAUGCAGCAUCGAUGGCUGUGAGGCGGUUGUAUGCUCGAGCGUCUCAUGAUAUCAACCCACAAGCAAUUUUGGCUACACGGAGUCUCAUUCAGCUCAAUAAGAGGGCGAGUGCUGCUGCUAAGGCUGCAGCAGCAGCAAAUUCAUCUUCGAAUGUUAACACACCUAGUAAAGCUAAGAAGCCAGAAGUUCUUUUGGUUUCCAAGUGAUUGGUAGGGGUGUUCUUGCUGGAAGAUUUGGGUGACAGUUCUUCGACUGUGUAGUUGCCUUAUAUCAAGUGGAGGGCCGUGGAGGUAUUUGGCAUUUCAGAUCCUGUAAGUUUAGACUGGCUUCUUGCCUCUUUCUUGCUGCCAAUGCUGCAUAAGAUGCUCCUGUGCAGGUGAAGAUGAUCUGACAUCUGAGUAAAGGUUUAUUCUUUAACUAGAUACUAUUAGACUGUUACUGUAAUUACUUAAAAGAUAAAUGUAUUCAGAUCCAUGUGUCUAGAUUUUCAUGAACGUUUACUCUGGUAUUCUAAAAUUUUCUUCCAUCC